ACUUCAGCAAUUUUCCAAUGGUGUUUGACAUACCGUUGCUUAAAGCAUGCAUUUAUUAUAUAUUGGAGUUUUAUGAAGGCUUUCAAAGGCAUUUCUUUCAUAACCUGAGCAGUAAUUAGAUCGUAACCUGGUGAUUUUUUAUUUGAUAGUUGAUGUAAACACAUACUUUUUAUUUCUUUUAAUCUUACAAUUGGUAUUUCACUUUCAUCUAUCUUAUCAACUAACUGUAAGCUAUUUUCAGCCGCGUUUGUUGGGUAUGGCUUAAAAACAUUCGCAAGAUGCUCCGCGAAAAGGUUAGCUUUUUCUUUUGGGUUACCGAUCCAUUUCCCAAAAAAUAUUCGGCAAACAUAUUUGCUAUGUCCUCUGGGUAAUGACUUUCUACAUUUUGGUAGCUCAUAUUAGUUGGGUAACCAUCAGAUUUUCUCUGAAGAUUUACAAAUUUCCAGAAAUUUCGUGGAUUAGAUUUAAGAUCAUCUUCAGUUCUAAAUAUGAAGUCCGAAUUAAGAAAUUAGAGUAGUUAAUAAAUUCAUUUUUAAGUCUAUCAUAUUCAUUUUGAGCUUCAUCACUCCAGGAUCGAUUUAACUUCACCCAAGCCUUGUUUCUUUUAUUUUUAAGAGUUUUAAUAUGUUGAUCAAACAACGGUCUAAAUGUCUAAUUUUUUGUAACGGAAUCGUUUCUAAGAAACAAUCAAACAAGAUUUUAUAAAAACGAAAGACCAUUUCAUCAAGACUAACAUUCAAAAACAAGAUAUUCCAGUUAAUCUCAUUCAGUAAGUCGUAGAGUACGGAUUAAUUACAUUUUUAAAAGUUGGAAUCAUGCAUAUUCUUACAAUUUUGACUUACAUUAAUAAUGUAACGAUGAAUUACUGAACUACUUUAAGAUAAAAGUCUGAACACACUACCUACUACUGCAAAGGUAGAAAUGUGAACGGACCUUUAGUAAUUAAGAAAAUAUCCCACUGAACACAUCUCAAAAUAUCCCACUGAACACAUCUCAAAAUAUCCCACUAGACUGGAAGUAUGAAGUGCCCUUCCUGGAAAGGAAGUUUCGAGAGACAGGGACGAGAGCCUUCGAGGACGUUCUCGAGUCUCGAGAUUCCGGUAUAAAAGGGCAGCGUAGACACCGACCGGGACAGUUUAAUCUUGAAAGUGAAAGAGUACAGUACAAAGUGAAAUAAAGUGUUGCGAAUUGUUAGUAGUAAAUAAAGUGAUUUAAAAGUGUGUUUGUUUGAGCGAAUAAUAAAAGUAAAUUGAGUUGAAAUUAAGUGUGUUCUUAUUUGAACGGAAAUAUAAGUGGAAAUUAAAUAAGUUUUAUUGUGAACCCGGAAUAAAACAUUACAUUGGUGUCAGAAAAGUGGAAUAAAACUUAUUUAUUUGUGCGAAUCAGAUAAUUUCGCGAAUAAAAUAAAAAGUGCGCGUGUGUUUUAACAAUAAACAAAGUGUAAAACAUUUUGAAAUAAGUAAAAGUGCUCGCGUUUUGAAAAGUUAAAAUGGGUAAAACAUUAAAUCAGUUAAGUUUGACUGAGCUUAAGGCGGAAUUAACUAAGCGAGGUCUUCCUACUGCUGGAUCGAAAAAUGACCUCAUUAUUCGUCUGCAGGAUCAUUUAACCCAGAAGAACGAAAAUUUGGAUACAUUUCAAUUCGAAGUUGAAAUGACAGAAGAACAAGUAAGUAAUACUUCCGAUAUGUCGUCCAUGGUGGCUGUUCUCCUUGCCAAUUUGGAAGAACAACGUAAUGAACAGAAGGAUGAACAGGAAAAUCUUCUUGAACAAAUUGAGACACAACGCAAGGAACAGAGAGAACAAUUAGAAAAACAACGCAAUGAACAAAGAGAACAAAUGGAACAACAACGAACAGAGCAAAAGAGUGAACAACAGAAUCUUCUCGAAAAAUUAGAUGAACAGAAAAACAUCUUCCAAGGUAAACUUGACGCGAUCGAGAACAAGUUCGUUGCUAUUGAUGCUUCCAUCAAAUGCGUUGAAAAGCAAUCUCAAGAAAAGUUCGAGAAAGUUGAAGAAAAACUCGAGAAAGUAGAAGGAAAGUUCGAGAAAGUGGAUGACAAAUUUGAAAAAAUGGAAGUUAAAAUGCAAAGUAUUACUGAGGAACUUGACAAGGUUCGGAAAAUUAAGAUCCGAGAAAGUUCUGGUGAGUACCCAAAGAAGAAGGAAAUGCAUCCACCAACAUUUGAUGGACAAAGUUGUUGGUCGAUCUACAAGAAACAGUUUGAGGCAGCUGCCACAACAAGUGGCUGGGAUGACGAAGACAAAUGUAUAGCGCUGACUAUUGCUCUUAGAGGUCCUGCUGCUGAGUUGUUACAAACUUUACCACCAGAAAAGAAUGGUAACUUUGACGCUCUUGUCCAGGUCAUUGAAAAACGCUUUGGAGAUGGCCAUAUGCAGGAAGUCUUCCGCGUCCAACUCAAUACAAGAGUCCAGAAAAGAGGAGAAACUCUGCAACAACUCCAAGCAGAUAUUGAAAGGUUAGCUCAUCUGGCAUAUCCGACAGCAGGAGACGACAUUAUCAAUCAGUUUGCGACAGAAGCCUUUGUACGUGCUGUAUCUGAUAUAAAUCUUCAGCGAGCAAUUCGAACAGCUGGAAAACGUUCCCUUCCUGAAGCAUUAGCGUUUGCACUGACUAUGGAAGCAGCAGAACAGGCUUCUCAAAGCGUUCAUCGGGUAAGAGAAGUUGCAGUGGAGGAAUGCUCUUGUCAAAAACUCGCAUUCCAAAGAAACCAGCGAGAUGGAGCUGCUCGAUGCUGGAACUGUAACAAGACAGGACAUCUCCAGCGGCAGUGCAGAUUGCCACCAAGAAGAACUGCUUGCGAACACUGUGGAAACAGGAAUAUUGCCCAACAACAGGUAAGCGAUACAACUAACACUCAUGCUCAUCUUGAUUCCCAUUCCGGAAAACGAGUAAGAACCAACUUUGAGGGGCAGAAGCUGGUUUCUGGUAUCAAUGGCUCCAGAACCACAAUUCAAGUCUCACAGACUAAACGAGACAACAAAAGUCUGACAGUGGAAGCGACCAUAAACUACAAACAACACGUGGCUACAAUUGACACCGGUGCCACCGCCUCUAUUGUACGAAGAGACUUGGUGAAGAUGACAUGGCUACAUAACACCAACAGCUACCGUCUGAAGACCGCCACAGGAGAAGCAGCAAGAGUGUACGGAGAAGUUCGUCUUACGAUCCGUAUAGAUGAACUAGAGUUUUCACAUGUGUUUUUGGUGGCAAAUAUAUGUGACGAGUGCAUCAUUGGAAUCGACUUCAUGAAGGAGCAUGGAAUCAUUUUGGAUAUAGGUAAUCAAGUCCUGAAAUACAGAAAUGUAGAGAUUCCAAUGGUCUUCGGCAACGAAAACUCGACAACAAUUAGAACUGUCAUCAAAGAAGACAUGUGCCUGCCUCCUUCUUCAGAAGUUUUUGUGUGGACCAAGUUAAAGGGGAACUUUGGCAGCCAUCGAUACCUCAUGGUUGAACCAGAAGUUGAGCAAAGUUCCGAAAACAUCAUCAUCGGGAAGACUCUUGUGGCACCAAAGAACAACAUGGUACCUGUACGGAUACUUAACAUCAAACCGUACCCAAUCAAGCUUAAGAAAGGAGAAGUUGUUGGGCAAUGUGAAUCUGUGGCCGCAAUAACUAAGAUCAACGAAGUGGAUACACAGAUGACUAUGAACUCGGAGAAACUAAAGAAACAAAUUCUCAAUUCAGACAACCUGAGUCAACAUCAGCUUAAUGUUGCGGGAAGGCUUCUUCAUGAAUAUGCUGAUAUCUUCUCUUCACCCAGUGGGCAAUACGGCCGAACACAACUGGUGCAGCAUCGAAUCGAUACAGGAGAUGCUAGGCCGAUUCGUCAACCAGCAAGACGUCUCCCCUUGGCCAAACAAGGUGAAGUUGAAGAAAUAAUAACAACAAUGAAGAAAGACGGGCUAAUCGAAAAUUCCAAAAGCCCUUGGGCAUCACCGGUAGUUCUCGUCAAAAAGAAGGAUGGAAGCACUCGAUUUUGUGUCGGCUAUCGCAGGCUGAAUGAUGUGACGAAGAAAGACAGCUACCCACUGCCAAGAAUCAGUGAUACUCUAGAUGCAAUGGAAGGAGCACAAUGGUUUUCGACUUUGGAUUUGAAGAGUGGCUACUGGCAGGUGGAAAUCCAUCCAGAAGAUCGGGAGAAGACGGCUUUCUCCACAGGAAAUGGUCUGUGGCAGUUUAAUGUCAUGCCGUUUGGGCUAUGCAAUGCCCCAGCGACUUUUGAGCGCUAAAUGGAGUGCGUUUUAAAUGGAUUAACCUGGAAAUCUUGCCUAGUCUAUUUGGAUGAUGUCAUCGUUUACGGAAAAACAUUUGAUGACCAUUGUGAAAACCUAAAGGCUGUAUUCCAAAGGCUACGAGAAGCACAUCUGAAGUUGAAUCCAAAGAAAUGUGCACUUUUCAAGACCGAGGUUAAAUAUUUGGCAUAUCAUCUCAUCCCAAGGAGUGAAGACUGAUCCUGAAAAAGUUGACACUGUGAAGAACUGGCCAACCCCUCAGGACAAGCAUCAACUUCGGAGUUUCCUCGGUCUGGCAACGUACUAUCGACGAUUUGUGAAGGAUUUUGCGAGAAUCGCCAAAAGCUUGCACCAACUUACGGAGAAGGGUAAACCCUUUAAAUGGUCAGGUGAGUGUGAGAAAAGCUUUCAGGAACUGAAGCUGCGGUUAUGUGAAGCUCCUGUGCUGGCCUAUCCGACUCCAGGCAAACAAUUCAUCAUUGACGCAGAUGCAAGUAAUGUUGGAGUUGGUGCUGUUUUAUCGCAAGUUCAUGACGGAGAAGAAAAGGUCGUUGCCUAUUUCAGCAAGGUACUCUCGAAACAAGAAGGGAACUUCUAGCUCUAGUAUUGGCAACAAAGCACUUCCAUAAGUACAUCUAUGGACAGAAGUUCCUUCUUCGCACAGAUCAUGGUGCGCUAAAUUGGCUUUUGAACUUCAAAAAUCCAGAGGGUCAAGUAGCAAGAUGGAUCGAGAUACUUCAGACGUAUCAAUGUCAGAUUCAACAUCGAAGAGGAAAGCUGCAUUCAAAUGCAGACGCAUUAUCUCGGCGCCCGUGCAAGCAAGACUGCAAGCAUUGCACACGACUAGAAGAAAAGGAAGUUGUCGCUGUUAGAAGAACGAGAGCUGAUCCCAUUUGCGGCUGGAGUAAUGAAGAACUCAGAAUGGCCCAACAGGAAGAUUCGGACAUCGAACCCAUCCUUGCAUGGAAGGAACAUCAAGAGAAACCAGAAUGGGCCGACAUCUCCGACCGAAGCCCCACUCUAAAAGCAUAUUGGGCACAAUGGGACUCACUUCAUGUGCAAGAAGGGCUACUCAGGCGUAAGUGGGAAUCCGCAGAUGGUAAAUCCUAUGUAAUGCAGCUAGUCGUACCUCAGUCAAAGGUAAAUGAUGUUCUCCGAGAGAUGCACGGUGGGAUUUCUGGAGGCCCUUUAGGCAUCAACAAGACGCUGGAAAAUCUACGACAGCAAUUCUACUGGUUACGUAUGAGAGAAGACGUUGAAAAGUGGUGCCAAAAAUGUGAUACUUGUGCCGCUAGCAAAGGACCAGCUAGAAAAAUCCAAAGCAAGAUGCAGCAGUACAAUGUGGGUGCACCUUUUGAGAGAAUUGCAAUAGACGUAGCAGGUCCUUUUCCCGAAAAUCGAUACAUCCUUGUAGUGAUGGACUACUUCAGCAAACGGCCUGAGGCAUUUGCCAUUCCAAACCAGGAAACCAAAACAGUUGUGGAUAAGAUUGUCUUUCAUUGGGUGAGCAGGUUCGGAGUACCCAUGGAACUUCAUUCCGACCAAGGAAGGAACUUCGAAUCUAAGAUCUUUCAAGAGGUUUGCUCACUCCUUGGCAUCAAGAAGACGCGAACAACACCGCUUCAUCCACAAUCUGAUGGGAUGGUUGAGCGAUUUAACAGGACACUUAAGGAACACCUGUCAAAAGUAGUCAAUGAUAAUCAACGAGACUGGGACCGACACUGGUUGACAUUCACCAACGGACAAGGACAAAUAUAAAAGCGUCUAGUGACAGGAUGAAAACAAGAUAUGACGCACGAGCGACAGCAACAGGUUUUCAAGAAGGAGAACUUGUGUGGUUUUACAAUCCCCACCGACAAAAGGGACUAUCACCGAAGCUACAACAAAACUGGGAAGGCCCUUACACAGUAAUAACCAGAAUUAACGACGUGGUUUACCGUAUACAAAGAGGGGUAAGAGGCAAACUAAAGGUAGUUCAUUGUGACCGUUUACAUCGUUAUAAUAGUGAAAGAAGCAAUGGAGUUGUUCGGGACGAACAAUCCUAAGAGGAGGGCAAUGUAACGAUGAAUUACUGAACUACUUUAAGAUAAAAGUCUGAACACACUACCUACUACUGCAAAGGUAGAAAUGUGAACGGACCUUUAGUAAUUAAGAAAAUAUCCCACUGAACACAUCUCAAAAUAUCCCACUGAACACAUCUCAAAAUAUCCCACUAGACUGGAAGUAUGAAGUGCCCUUCCUGGAAAGGAAGUUUCGAGAGACAGGGACGAGAGCCUUCGAGGACGUUCUCGAGUCUCGAGAUUCCGGUAUAAAAGGGCAGCGUAGACACCGACCGGGACAGUUUAAUCUUGAAAGUGAAAGAGUACAGUACAAAGUGAAAUAAAGUGUUGCGAAUUGUUAGUAGUAAAUAAAGUGAUUUAAAAGUGUGUUUGUUUGAGCGAAUAAUAAAAGUAAAUUGAGUUGAAAUAAAGUGUGUUCUUAUUUGAACGGAAAUAUAAGUUUAAAUUAAAUAAGUUUUAUUGUGAACCCGGAAUAAAAUUUUACAAUAAUAUUUAAGUUUAACGAAAUAGAUAACGCAGGAUGAUAACGAUCUUCUUCAAUGAGCUUCGUAUCAGCGAGUAAUGUAGUUCCAUCAGAAUUAUUGAGGUCAGAAAAGUACACAAGGUCUAAGAUUCUACCAAAUUGGUUUUUGAUAUUGCUUAAUUGAUGAAGUCCAAAUGAAGUCAUUUCAUCGAUAAAAAGAGCUUCGUUGUUGCUCGACGCAUUAACGGCAUGAUAACAUUCUAGUUCCGGCGAUUUUGUCCAUUUAAGAUUUGGUAGAUUAAACUCACCAAUAACAAAAAGUUCAUCAGAAGGCUCAAUUUUGUCGCUUAUAGAUUCUAAGCAAUCGAUAAGUUUGUUGUAGACAUCACAAGUGGAGGAAGGAGGGAUGUAACAAACAACAACAUAUAAAUAUCCAGCCGGAAUUGAUAUUUUUACACAAAUUAUUUCAAGACUGGAGUCCAAAAAAUCGUCGACAAGAUUACAAAAUAGAUGAUUACGAACGGCUAUUAACAAACCUCCUCCAACAGUUACUAUAUUAUUGUCGUUAUGGCGAUCACGUCGAAAAAUUUGAAAAUUGGAAUCGAAUAAUUCUGCGUCAGCAAAAGAAUUAUUUAGCCAGGUUUCUGUGAGUAUGAGAACAUCAUGAGGCAUAUUAUUUACAUUUUUAUAGACCUUGUUGGUCUUAGUCCGGAGGCCAUUUACGUUCUGGUAAUAAAUCAUUAAUUUUUGUAGCUGCUUUGGCUGCGCAUUGUCAAUAGUUUUUGAAAAUGGUGAGAGUUGUGGUUUGAUUUUCUAUUUUGAUACUCAUGCAUGACUAUUCCAUUCGGCCAGAAAGAAAUUGAGUUUAGGAUGUAGAAAAUUUAAUUUUAAAUGAUGAAUAUUUAGAAAAGUUGCCAUGGAGAAUUUUUUCAACGAUUACAGAAUUUAAUGUUCCAAUCUUAGAUUUAAUAUGGCAUUUCACAUCAAAAGCAUUUGUAGAUGGAGCAAGUUUCGAAAUAAAGAGUGUUUUGUGUCCUUCAACUAUUUUUAAACCUGACUCAAUAGGUGAAAUAAAAUGUCCAUCAGUAACUGGGCCCGUACGAGGAAAUGUGUUGAUAGGAUUAGCAAUCAUUUCUAAAGAUUGCUGGUCAAUUAAUAACGAAGGAGUAGCUGUUGUCGAUGUAUUAUUUCAAGGUAAAGUUGGGAAAUUACAUUGUUUUGAUGUAGAAAGUUCCUUCGAAGUAUCAAGAUCAACAGAUUGUUCUUGUCGUGCUGUGUUAUAAGCAAAUUCUUGGGAUGAAUUUAUAACUAUAGCUGUGGCAGGUUUUAUUGUCAAAUGGUUUGUUUCAGAUAUUUUGGUAUCCAUUUUAUCCAGUUUUCUUUUCAAGGGUGCAGAAUCAGAUGUAGAUGGAUUAUUUACUAUUAAAUGAUCAUGAUUUUGUACUACAUUUUGUAAAGAUUGUUGAUUGGAAGCAAUAUCUUCAAUUUUCUUAUUCAGUUGAAGCAAUUGGUUAUGAAGAUUGUCAAGAUUUUGCUUGUUUUAUAGUACAUCACGUACAAUCUUCGUAUAUGCAAACGGGUCACAUUCUUCACAAAAAAAAUAAAAAGAUUUUCUAUGUUCGAACAGUUAAAUAGAGCUGAGCGGAGCGUUAAACAUUUUAUGUGCAACAAUUUGCGACAGCUUCCAUGACAAAUAAUAGCGUCAAUCAGGUAAUCUGCGAUAUUAUUACACAAACCGCACGCAGACAUAAUAAUUUGUGUUAUUUAUAAUUUUUUGUUUUUUAGAGGUGAUAAUAUGAAUUUACGGCGAUUUUUGUUUCAUAAAAUAAAAUUGAUAUUAUUUGCUAAAAUGUUCGCUCGCAGUGUACUCCGAAUUUAGUAAUGUACUUAGUAGGUACACAAACCAUGCAGUAGUAAUAAGAUCUCUAGGGUUUCUAGGUCACGCUGGGGCCCUUCAAGCAAGAAAACGGAGUCCAGAAAAGACAGUCCGACCUCCGACCGAGAAAAGCGGGGUUGCACUCACACUCUUGCAACUUUUUGUGUAUGAACACAAAGUCUAAGAGAAUCGUGGUGAAAACUGAGAAAAGGAAAAAAAAGUAGACAGACAUAGCCAACAAGAGCAAAAGCGUCAUUUUGUUAUUUUUUUUUUGAAGUGUUUAGUCGCGUCGUGUCUCGUGUCGUUGUUAAUAAAAUAUAAGUAUAAUUAUAAACAAUUAUAUCAAACUAUUAACAAUAUGGAAACAAAAAAAGAUGUAAUCUCUAAUGAUGAAGAAAAAGGCAGAAGGUGAAACAUGCGAUUGGGCAUCUAAAGAAACACCAACAACAGCAGCAACAACAAAUAAAAUAAAAUGAAAAAAAUGUAUUGUAUUUUAUAUUGUGAAAAUUUCGUUUGCCAAAAUUAAAUAAAAAAUAAAACAGUUUCAGUGAAAAAAAAAAAAAAUCUUGUUCUUUUUUUGGUUGCAAAUGCGAUACGUCAUCCCUUUUUUAUUCCUCUUUCUGGUAGGUUUUCGCUGCUCCGACUCAGGUCCGCCUUCGGCUCCAUUUUCUCGGAAUGGAGAUUUUCACCACACCAAUACAUAUGCAAUCGACUUCGCGGUGAUUAUAAUUUCCAUACUAAUUUGAGCCGCCUUCGGACCAGUUUCUGAUCCGAAGUCGGACUCAGCUCCGCCUCAGGCGGAGCGGAUUCGGACCGAGGUCAGACCUGUUUGCUUGAAGGGGGAGCGUCAAAACUGAUGGAUGAUGAGGAUGAUGAUUUGUUGUUUUUAGACGUAAAACAGCUGAUGUAAGAGUAGUGAAAUAAAGAGAAAACAAAGUAUGGUGUAGUCUCUUGAAUAGGUACUUGGUAGAACAUAGACUAAAGAUGAACUCACCGGGAAGAUGUUUAUUGAUGGCUUGUAUGUAAAUGCAUGCAUGCAGUGAUGAAAAGGGCAGCGGAUGGGGGCAAGCUGAUGCUCUCAGUGUGAUGAAUGCUGGUGGCAGGCAAGACAAUGAUUUUUGUCGUCACAAGAUGUAGGCCCAGUUGUUGUCCGCAGUCAAUGAUUUGAUUUUUUUAAUGCAAAGAAAAACCAAGGAUGUAGUCAUCAAAUAUGUACAAGGCAGAACAUAUAUCAAAAUUGUGCUCACCGGGGGGAGACAAUUGAAUGAGUUAGCUCUAUUCUCAAUAAAGAGAAAUUAUUAAGAUUGGUGGUAGUUGUUGUUGUUGGUAGAUACAGCAAGACACAAUAACUUUUAAUAGGUUUUAUUUUUUUUUAGGUAAAAGUUAAAUGACAACUAAUUGGCGAAAUUGAUUGAAAUUAAUUUAAUUUAAAGGCAAAAAGACACUAGAAUAAUUUAACACUUUUUAACUUGAUAUAUAUGACGAUUAAAACGUUCAAUAAUAAGAAAUAUUCGGAGCAGAAAUAAAACACAGCCAAUCACUUAGAGAGAGUUUCUCAUGUGCCCAUGAAAUCUCAAAAUCAGCCAACACUCUCUUAUAAAAUAUUUUCAAUUACAUACAGUUUAUGUAAGUCUAGGUUCAUAUCGUCGGCGUAAAGCAAAAUUGUUCUGAGUCCUUAAGAAAUCCUAUGCACUUAUAACAAUUUUGCUUUACGCCGACGAUAAAUACCUAUUUGAAAUAUUUCGCAGCAGCUGAUUGCUUAGAAAGUCAAAGACGAAUUGAAAUCAUUUCUAUCUACCCACUUGCACUCCUUUUUUAUUUUCGCGGGAGAGUGAGUAAGGUCAUGGUCGUAAGAGAUCCUUUCUUAUUGUUCUCUUCUUAAAUUAAAAAAAAAAGCUUUUUUGUCGGCUGAAAAAUUCUCUUCUUGGCUGGAAAAAAUUUUGAUGACAUUCUGUUCUAUGGGAUGCGAUAUCUGUAUAUAAUUGUCUGUGCUAACAGAUUAAAUAAAUACCCUGAUGAAGUAAGGAAGCACUAAUGAAACGUUGGGAAAAUAAUGGGGAAGAACUUGCUUUUAUUCGCAUUUUCUUUAUGUGGACCAAAACAGCCUAACAACAGUGGAAUAUUUACACUAAAAAAUUGGUCAAAUUUAACAAAUAGAGAUAAAGAUAGUUUUUGGAAUUUCCCUAUUCAACGCAUUAGAGCAUCCAAAAGAACAUUCUAAAAUAGAUACACCGCCAAAAACUUCACAAAGACACGUCUACAAAAUAAAGCGAUUGGCCCAAAGAGAUACUUUGAAGUAGAGCCUACGAUUUUGUUCGUGUAUUUAAUUACACGUGUACCAGAUGCACGUGUACACGUAUAUCUGAAAAACAUUUACACGUUUACUUUAUUUAUUAUUACAAAUCUAUUUUGUCCCAUUCAAAUUAUCGCAAAAACUUUUGUAAGUAAUUUGCAAGAGAGGGGCUUUGGGAGCUUAUACCACUCAAAUAAAUUUUCAUCUACUUUCAAAUAUUAUACGACUAAAACGUACAAUAAAUAAAACAGAUUUGAUUAGGGGUGUUUUCAUAAACGUCGGAAAUCUGCGUUAGUACAAUCGUCUUUCUGCUUUGCUGCAUUAAUGAACACACCAAUAUUCUGCAGAAUGUUUGCAGGCCUACAUUAGUACAAUAAUUUUCAGCAGUUACUGAGUGUUCAUAAACGUCAGUAAAAAAUAUAAAAAUGAUCACAGAAUGAGUUUUGUUUCCUUUUUCAGUUCCCGAAAACAUUAAUUUUAAUAACAAGGAAAAUAAUUUUUUUUUUCAAUAAUUUAAAAAAAAAUUUUUUUGAACCACCCUAAUGGAAAUUUUAUUUUCUUCGAUAAUUUGGUAUAAAUAAUAUCCACGUUGAUUUUUUUCGAAUUCCACAAGAAAUUAUAGAAGACAACAAUUUUUAGAGCCACCCUUACACAAAAAAAAUUAAACUCGAUCUAUCAAAAAACACGAUUAAGAAGUUUUCUGUAUCACUAUAACAUACAUUUUUCAAAAAAUUAAAAAAAAAGAAACAUUUUUUUGCACCACCCUAAUUAAUAUGUUUGCUUUUAAUUUUUUUUUACAAUAUUUACAUUUAUUAACAAUAAAAACAUCAUUGUAUUUGAAAGUUUUUCACCUUAUUGACCUCAAAAAUCGUAAUAAAAAGAAACAAUAAAAUAACAACAACUGUGUUUAAUUUAAAAAAUUCUUUUUAUUCAACACGAAUGCAUUUCGGUUCUCAGCUGCGGAACCAUUAUCAGCGAACGACGUUUAAACAAAACCAAAGAAAUUACAAAUAUUACUUGCAUUUAAGGUUAAACAAAGAGAUUACAAACAUUACUUGCAAAAGAAAAAGAAAAACAAAAAAACAAAAACAAAAAACAGAGUUUCUAUUUAUUCUCUUUUGAGUGCGUUGAAAAGUUGAGAGUCAAUAAUUGGUCCAGGUUCCAAGUUCAUCAAAUUGUUGUUUAUGUGUAUAUGUAUGGAUUCAUAGGCAUCAAGUUUAUUUGGUUUGUUUACUUUUUUUAAAAGCUUAAAAUUGUUGUCAAAAGAAGUUAUUGUGUGUUGAUUGUCAUUAUUUGGAUCAUAGAUGUGGGCUGCUAUUGCUUUGUCUAUCUCUUUCUUUUUUACGGAUCGAAGAUGUUCGUUGAAUCUAACCUCAGCAGCUCUCCUUGUUUGUCCAAUAUAUUUUUUGUCACAGUUAGAACAAGAGAUUUGAUAAAUGCCGCUGCAUCGGUUAGUUGGUGUGUUGUCUUUUGUGGAUCCUAGGAGAGUUUUUAAUUUGUUGUUGUUGGUAUGUACAAUGCUCAUUUCUGAUUUCGCAAAGACAUGUAUCAGCUUGUUGGUAAUAUUUGGGGCGAAGGGUAGAGUGAUACGUUGUUUUUGUGCAUUUGUAUUUUGUUCGAACAAAGUACUAACGUUGUUUCGCUUUAACUUUUUCGAGUGCUUUUUGAUCAGUUGGUCUAUGAUUGAUUUCUCGUACCCGUUCACAUUAGCUAUAUGAAGUAUUUGUUGGUAUUCUCUCAUAUAGUUUUCAACAGAUAGAGGAAGACGGCAUAAUCUGAACACCAUGGAAUGAAAAGCUGCUUGUUCUAACUGUGACAAAAAAUAUAUUGGACAAACAAGGAGAGCUGCUGAGGUUAGAUUCAACGAACAUCUUCGAUCCGUAAAAAAGAAAGAGAUAGACAAAGCAAUAGCAGCCCACAUCUAUGAUCCAAAUAAUGACAAUCAACACACAAUAACUUCUUUUGACAACAAUUUUAAGCUUUUAAAAAAAGUAAACAAACCAAAUAAACUUGAUGCCUAUGAAUCCAUACAUAUACACAUAAACAACAAUUUGAUGAACUUGGAACCUGGACCAAUUAUUGACUCUCAACUUUUCAACGCACUCAAAAGAGAAUAAAUAGAAACUCUGUUUUUUGUUUUUGUUUUUCUUUUUCUUUUGCAAGUAAUGUUUGUAAUCUCUUUGUUUAACCUUAAAUGCAAGUAAUAUUUGUAAUUUCUUUGGUUUUGUUUAAACGUCGUUCGCUGAUGAUGGUUCCGCAGCUGAGAACCGAAAUGCAUUCGUGUUGAAUAAAAAGAAUUUUUUAAAUUAAACACAGUUGUUGUUAUUUUAUUGUUUCUUUUUAUUACGAUUUUUGAGGUCAAUAAGGUGAAAAACUUUCAAAUACAAUCAAUCUGACCACAAACCCGGCUAAUUUUUUACAAAUUAAUUGUGAACUUAACUUAAAAUAAAAACAUCGAAUCAAAAGCUUCUUCGCGAGUUCUGCAGCCAUAAAAUUCUGGCUGCGCAAUCUGCCCGACGCGUAGCGACGUUGACGAAAUAAAUGACGAUUAUGAACAGCUGUACUGCAGUUGGACUUAGUUAGUCUGAUCGCAGGUCUGACUUUAUGAACACGUCUAACGCAGGCCUAAGUUAGGCAGACGGUUAUGAAAACACCCUAGAUUAUCAAGCACUAAAACCAAAAAAUAAUUUAAUUGUAGUAUAGUUUGAACAAAACCUUCUACACCUUUUGAUCUAAAAAUCGUUUUAUUUAUUUUACUUUUUAGUUGUAUAAUAUUUGAAAGUAGAUGAACAUUUAUUUGGGUGGUAUGAGCUCCCAAAGCUCUCUCUUGCAAAUUACUUACAAAAGUUUUUGCAAUAAUUUGAAUGGGACAAAAUAGAUUUGGGGUGUUUCAACAAAAAAAUCGAAUCCGUCAAAAGUCAUUCUAAUUGGACUGUUCUGUAAUGUAAUCUGUGUAAUGCUCUGUAGUCUAACGAAAAUUAAUGGCUUGAGGAGCAUAAAAUUGAUGGUAUGUCUUGGCUUGUCCAAUCCGGACCCCAAUUCAAUUGAAAAUUUGAGGGCGAUCGUUGAAAAGUCAUUGGGUGCAGAAAAGUCGAGAAAUAAGGACGAAUUGUGGCAAAAACUUCAAGAGGCUUGGUAAGCAAUACCUAGAAGUACUUGUCGCAAAUUAGUGGAAUUAAUGCCACGAAAAGUAUGUGCGGUGAUUGCUUUUCGGUGAGGUGAGUGCUUUUCGACUAUAUAUUAGUUUUGACCACAAAAAAUAAUUGAAACAUGAAAUAAUUUCUGUUUUUUGAGCAGUGGUCCUUUUUAUUUUCGUAUUUUUUUAUUUUUUUUUUAAACAAAAAAUCUUGUUAAACAAUAAAUUGAUUUAAAUUCCUGGUACUGUUAGUAUUAUAUUAAUAAUUUCUUUAAUUUUAAAAACAAAUAAAAAUAUGUGUUUUAUGAUUUGUUUCUAAAGUAAGAAAAAGUGGUAUUAUUGUUUUGUCCAUCACUGUAGGUCAAACUCUUAUAACACACUGCCACGAAAGCCGCACAUUCAUGACGCGAUGGCCGAGUGGUUAAGGUGUUCGACUGCUAAUUCUAUGUGCUUGCACAUCGUGUCGGCGUAAAGUAAAAUUGUUCUAAAUCCACUUUUUACCGAAAAUGAGAUAAUGAGUCGUAUGCAUAAAAGGUAGCAUAUGCUUUUACUAGUAAAUUUUAAUAGUAUUUACUACUUUCCAUAUGCAUAAAAAACAUAGUAAAUGCUGGAAAGGUAGUAUUUACUAGAAGAAUAGUAUCUACUAGUUUUGGAUGAAUUUUUAUAGUAAAUACUGGUUUCGGUAUGCAUAAAAAACUAGUACGAACUUUUACUUUCUAGUAUUUACUGCUAAUUUUUCAAGUUUCUAAAUACCAACUUGAACAUUUACUAGUAAAAACUUUCUCAUGUUAAAUGCCGACAUCAUCAGUCGCGACUUUACUUUCAAAGCAAUCGGUUUGCAGAGGAUUUACUUCGAAUAUAAAAAUGGCAGCUUUUUUCAAUUUAAGAUCGGAAAAAAUUUAUAAACAGCGAAGAACGCCCGCGAAUAAUAAUUUUAAAAUGCUCUACCGUUUUGAGAAAGAUAACGUUGAGUGGCUAAGCGAAUAUUUUAUGGGUAAGAUAUUUUAUUUGCAAUUAAUUGAAUCUGAUAAAUUUAUUUAUCCUUUUUACAAUUAAAAAUCUCAAGGUUCUCAAUCUGAGAGAAGGGGAGGAGCAACGUGAAGAAAAUUAUGUGUACUAAAAUUAAAAUGCUUUUUUUCGGCAUUUGUCCUAUGCGUAUAAAACUCCUUAACCGCCUUAGACUCCAGUUGUUAUUAUCAACAAAUUGGUUACAAAAGAAGAAAAUUAUAGAACGUUAAAAAUACAGAACAAAAAAAAGCAACAGCAUUUAUAUAGAUAUCUAGUAUAUACUAUUACUUUCAGAUGAAUUAGUAGUAUUUACUGGGAUGAAUCCAGUAUUUACUACUAGUUUGUACUAGCUAGUAGAAACUAAGGUUUUUGCAUACCGAAUGUAGUAAAUACUAUUAGUUUCAGCUUUUACUAGUAGUACUAGUAUUUACUAUAAACCUUUUACUACUAGUAAUUACUUUUUUUUAUGUAUAUGCCUCAAUGAGCCGUAAGCAUAAAAGGUAGCAUAUAUGCUUUUAUACUAGUGAAUUUUAAUAGUAUUUACUACUUUCCAUAUGCAUAAAAAACAUAGUAAAUGCUGGAAAGGUAGUAUUAACUAGAAGCAUAGUAUUUACUUGUUUUGAAUGAAUUUUUAUAGUAAAUACUGGUUUUGGUAUGCAUAAAAAACUAGUACGAACUUUUAUUUUCUAGUAUUUACUGCUAAUUUUUCAAGUUUCUAAAUACCAACUUGAACAUUUACUAGUAAAAACUUUCUCAUGUUAAAUGCCGACAUCAUCAGUCUCGACUUUACUUUCAAAGCAAUCGGUUUGCAGAGGAUUUAUUUCGAAAAUAAAAAUGGCAGCUUUUUUCAAUUUAAGAUCUGAAAAAAUUUAUAAAAAAGCGAAGAACGCCCGCGAAUAAUAAAUUUUAAGAUGCUCUACCGUUUUGAGAAAGAUAACGCCUUUGCUUUUUUAUAUGAGGCUGUUGAGAUUUGUUAAUAAGUACGGCAUACUUUUCUAGUAUUUUAACAAACUCUAAGGUUGUUGAGCCUUCUACUUUUGCCAUUUUUUUAACUUCGAACACUCACUUUUAAACUCUUAAAUUGUGUUGAAAAUUAAUUUAAUAAUAAAAAAAUUAAUUUAAUAAUAAAUUAAUAUUCACUCGAUGUUGUAGGUAUAUUUGAUUUUUUUUAUUGAAUAAUGAACAUAAAUUUUCUCAAGUUGAAAAUUAUAAGGAACAAAAAAGUAUAAAAUUAUGAUUAAAAAAGUCAAAGUAAUGUAAAGUAAAAAUAGCAAAGUAGAUUUGAAAUAGUGAAGUAAAUUAUAUGUACUAAAAUUAAAAUGCUUUUUUCGGCAUUUGUCCUAAGCGUAUCAAACUCCUUUAUCGCCUCAAACACCAGUUGUUAUUAUCAACAAAUUGUAUACAAAAGAUUGGUUACAAAAGAAGAAAAUUAUAGAACGUUAAAAAUACAGAACAAAAAAAAGCAAAAGCAUUUAUGUACAUAAGUAUCUAGUAUAUACUACUAAUUUUAGAUGAACUAGUAGUAUUUACUGGGAUGAAUCCAGUAUUUACUACUAGUUUAUACUAGCUAGUAGAAACUAAGGUUUAUGCAUACCGAAUGUAGUAAAUACUAUUAGUUUCAGCUUCUACUAGUAGUACUAGUAUUUACUAUAAACCUUUUACUACUAGUAAUUACUUUUUUUAUGCAUAUGCCUCAAUGAUACAAUUUUACUAAUUUGAGGGUGCUCUUUCCAAAUUUGAAAACGGCUUUUGUCUAAAAAAUUUCUUUUCAGCAGAUAAUAGAAAUUAAUGGCACAUAGAACAAUAAACAUAUGUAAGUAGCCUUCUAAAAAUGAGACCAGAGUAUUCUUGAUUGUUCAAAGUCCCAUCAUAUUUUGUUCUAGGUCUACUUUUUAUUUAAGGAAAGUGCGUAGGUACUUGUAUAGGAAUUGUUCUAUGUCCAAUUUUGGGUUUUUAGUUUUAAAAAAUAUUUAAAAAUAGUAUGCACCUACUAAUGAGGUAAACUUGUAUGGUUUAUUCAAGAGAAAAGAACAAAAAAAACAUAACUUGAAUGCCGAACGAGCCAAAAUAUGUCGCUUUAAACCAAUUUGAAACUUAAAAAUCGUCCCCUGUAAAAUUUGCUUUUUGUGGGCUCGAAAUCAAUCUAAUCUUAUUAUUUUUCAUAUUAAAAUUAAUUUGCAAACAAUAGUCAUCGAGCGUUUUUUAAUUAAUUUGUAUGCAUUCGAUUCCCAAUAUCUAACUGUUAUAUCUAUCUUUGAAUGUAGCCCGAUCAAAAAAACGUUUCGUAGAAAAAUCUGACAAACUUCCUAUUCAUUCGAGGCUAGUGAUACCAUCCGAAUUUCGUAGCAAAUACUUUUAGUACGACGAGACCUAUUACUUAUGUUCGGGCGAAUAUUUAAAUCGUUGUAAGGCACUAUACUGCGAAAUGAUUCUAAAGUGGUCAAACUAAAACAAAGUGAACGCCAUAUUUAUAGCUUUGUUUUGUUAUAAUUCCGGUUUUUCAUAUCUUUUUCAUAUCUUCGAAGGGUCUUCGAAGUUAUAAAUACUUCAGUUAUGCGUGAAUAACUGAAGUAUUCAUAACUUGGUCGGUUUCCCAAAACAAACAUGUAAGUCUACCGGUUUGUAACGGCCGCUGCACAGUGUGGGAAUUCGCUCAUUUAGCGGAAUUAAAUUAAUAGCGCUUACAAGUUUAACUUUUUGAGAAUUCUUUUUUUGCAAGAUUAAUUAUAAAUAUAUAAAUAAUGAAAUAUAAUAACAAAUAUUUAAAUAUCUCGACAAAUUUUUUAUGUACAGAGCUCUGAAAGUACAAGUUUUUUGCCUUUCGGUAGACUCAUUUUUAAAAGUACUUUACGGUCACAAAAAAAAAUGUACCAUUUCUUUUUUAUAAUAUUAUUAAAAAAUAAGUAUACAAUAAUGAGUAGAAGUACGAUUAAUAACAUAUUUACACACAUUUUUGAUUUACAGAGCUCUAAAAGUACACGUUAUUGGCACUUUGAUAGACAAUCUUAAAAAAUUAAUUUCGCGCAGAAAAAAAAACUUGUUAUUCAUUUUUGUUGGUAAUAUUUGUAACUAUUGCAUACGAAAAUGAAAAAAGAACUAAUUUUGUAUGCAUAAUUAGCCAAUUUUUUGAUAAACGGAGUUCUGAAACUACAUAAAGGUUAACUGGAAGCAUCGGGUUUUUUGCUUUUUUUGCAGGACUCAUCAAAUUCUUUUUUUUUAUCUUAUGAUGGUCUGCUAUCAUAAUAUGAGAAAGUUAUUUCAUCUUAGACUAUUUACAGUUAAUAGCCUAAGGGCGUUAAAAUUCGCACGAAUUUUAACGCCCUUAGGCUAUUAACAUCCACAAAAAAAUGGCGAAACAAAUGGUGGCGAAUAAUUCGCGUCAUUUUGAGUGUCCAAAAAAGAAAAAAACAACGAAUUCGUUACAACUUAAAAUAACAGAUCUCUUAUAUUAUAAGGAUUUGCCUAUCUUUAAUCCAAAAGUCUUCAAAACCCAAAACAAUCCACAAAACUGAAGACGAAAUAACCAGAUGCCAAAAUAAACUAAAAGCGAAAUGGACCUUGACGAAACAACUCAUUGGACUUGUAAUGAAAAUGCGAAAUAAAUAAAAAUCAAGAAGACACAAGGCGAAGUUAUAGUUGGGCGAAGUGAUCGAAAUA